AUGGUUGAGAUGGUUGAUACUGGUGUCACCUACGAGCAGCUCGCCGACCUCGAGCGCGAGUUUGAGGAGGUUGAGAACCAGAUCGUCCGCAAGCAGUACGAGCUCUCCAAGCCUCUGUACGAGAAGCGUGCCGCUGUCACCUCCAAGAUCCCCAACUUCUGGGCCCUCGUCUUCGAGCAGUCCCCCGCCGAGGUUGACGAGCACAUCCAGCCUUCCGACGCUGCCCUGCUCCUGUCCUCCCUGAAGAACAUCUCCGUCACGCGCCCCGAGAUCGACAACGGUGCCGCCAACGGCGACCCCCGCACCUUGAGCAUCCGUUUCGAGUUCAACGAGAACGAGUACUUCGAGGACAAGGUCAUUGAGAAGACCUUCUGGUACCGCCACUCUAAGUCCUACUCUGGCCUCGUCUCCGAGCCCGUCGACAUCAAGUGGAAGGACGGCAAGGACCUUACCGAAGGCCUUCUGUCCCUCGCCAAGAAGGUCUGGGAUCAGGGCCCCAUCACCCCCGGCAAGCUGACCCCCGAGGCCGAGGCCCUCAAGGCCAAGGUCGAGGAGACGGGCAUGGGCGGCGUCUCCUUCUUCACCUUCUUUGGCUUCGUCGGCAAGCGCAUUUCCCCCGAGGACAGCGCCGCCACCCUCGCCAAGGAGGUUGCGGACCACCAGGCCCGCAAGGAGGGCAAGAAGACGGAUGAGGAGGAGGAUGACGAGGAAGAGGAGGCUCAGGACCAGAUCCAGUUCGAGCUCGAGAUCUGCCCCGACGGCGACGAUAUCGCCGUCGCCAUCGCCACCGACCUGUGGCCCGAGGCGCUCCACUACUUCAGUAAGUCCCUCCGUUCGCGCGCCGCCGACGCCCGUGGAGAAGACGGAGACUUACUCUCGAUGAUAGCCCAAGCUCAGGAGGCCGCCGAGAUGUCCGACGCCGACUUUGAGUCCGACGACGAUGAUGAGGAUGAGGACGAGGAGAUGGGCGACGCCGAGGAGACCACCCCCAACAAGAAGCGCAGGGCUUAG